AUGGCGGAAGCACGCAAAAUGAUUGAAUGGAAUCUGAAGGACCUCGCAUAUGAAGGUAACUUUCAAAACAUUGUUGCGCCAGUUGCUCCUGCCUUGAAUCAAGACGUAUCACAAGAUUCAUACGACAAGUAUUUUAAACAUGUAGUGCACUAUUUCAGUAUUGGAGUUACCUAUGAUCCAAAGUAUAUGGAGUUUAACACCAGGUUCUUCAAAAACGUACGAAAAAAAUUCAAUACACUUUUACAACAUUUUAAACUUGGUGUGUUUGAACUUGUAUUAUUGUGUACACGAAGUGGACUUAAAAAACUCACAGCCGAUGAAUUAAAAGAUUUUGUCAAUUGUUUCAUUAAAGAUAAGGAGUUGACUGAGCGAUUGUGA